UUCACUGCUUGCUUAGAGGCACCUGAACUUCCACAGACUACUGGGGCUAUGAGACACUAAGGAUAUCAGUCAAAAUGCUACAAAAACAGAAAAAACACCUAUUAUAUUUAGCAGUUGCUGGAGGAGUGUUUCUUUGCUGGCUUGUCUUCUUACGAUAUUCAUCCAUCUCUAUCAGCGAGGGUCCCAGUGAAUAUGACAAGGGGUUACCUUGGCACCAGGUACAUGAUCAGGUUGUGCUGAGUGACAGAUUGCAGACCAAGCAAACCAUGCUUAUGGAACCAGUGAGGACUGACGUGCUGACUGUAACCCCAUGGCUGGCUCCUAUUGUCUGGGAGGGGACCUUUGAUCCCCAGGUCAUAGAUGAGGCCUUCAGGUCCUACAACCUCACCAUUGCCACCACUGUGUUUGCUGUGGGAAAAUACAUUAGUUUUAUACAUGACUUCAUAGAAACGGCAGAGAAGCAUUUCAUGGUGGGGCUGAAUGUGCAGUAUUAUGUGUUUACUGAUCUGCCAAGUCACGUUCCUAUCAACAUGACUCUGGGUGUCGGCAGACGGCUCAAUGUGGUGAAGGUGCCAAAGUUUGACCGCUGGCAGGAGAUAUCCCUCCGCCGCAUGGAACUCAUCCAGACUGCUAUAGAGGAAUACAUCCACCAGAGGGCGAACUACAUCUUCUGUCUUGACGUAGACAUGAUCUUCCAUGGCCGUGUGGGACCAGAGGCUCUGGGGAAACUGGUGGCUGCUAUACACCCCUGGUUCUACUGGGUACCCCGGAAUGAGUACCCCUAUGAGCGGAGGACAAUCUCCAAAGCCUACAUCCCCCAAGACCAUGGAGACUUCUACUACCAGGCCAACAUAUUUGGAGGAGCAGUGGAGGAUGUUCACAGACUGACCAAGACAUGUAGGGAACACCUGGAGAUGGAUAAGUCUGCUGGAGUGGAGGCUGUUUGGCAGGAGGAGAGUCAUCUGAACUGGUACCUGUUGAAGAACAAGCCCACCAAGCUGCUGUCACCUGAGUACGUCUGGGAUGACCUUAAAAGACCGGGUGCCAAGGAGAUUAAACAGGUCCGCUUCUCCUCCAUCAUCAAGAACAAGACAGAGGUCAGGGAGAACCCUUGAGGGGAGAAGAGGAUGAGAAGAGAAGGAAAAGAGAGUGUACUUGUUUUUAUCAGAGCUGUGUGAUGUAGGGGAGGAAAAGACAAAUCCCUAAUCAGAUAGUGCCUUCACCAUAGCGAUAUGGGGAAAACAAGGAGAAUUUGAUCAACAAAAAGGUUUGU